AAAAAUCAUUUCUCCAAUAUUUCCCUCCACCACUCGGGGAGUAGACCCAUUUUGCUCACCUGUCUUAACCAUUUGCUGAUAGACGACCCACUUCAUUUUCUUUUUCUCUGUCCAUGGCGGGUAAGAUUUUAUGUUUUCAAGACGGCACCACCCCUAGUGUCCCGCCACCCAACCAAUGGCGCAAAGCUCCUUUCCUAGAGACAGAUCAAGACCACUUUUGGAACCUUGUGGGAGUUGAACAAGAGGAUGUUAUUGUUCCCGACGAUCCCAAAUUUUUGGAAGAUGAAGGUCCCAUUGAUGGAGCUCUAAUUUCUCCUUCUUCCAUUCCACGGCUCUUGGUGGAACGUGGAGAUUUUCCUUAUUCUUUCAUUGAGUUUGAUGGUCACACGGGUUGUCCCACUAAUUGGAAGUUGUGGGCACGGCAUGUCCUAAGUACGGAGGCUUACACAAAUAUUUUGGAACGUUCAAACAUUUUGGACGCCAUCCGUUUGUUUUCAGACAUAAGUAUUAGGCGCGACAAUUUAAGCUUGCUUACACUGAUUUCUCGCUGGAGUACGGACUCCCACACCUUUGUUGCAUCUUGGGGUGAAUUUUCCCCCACUUUAGAAGACGUUGCUGUGUUGUACCGACUGCCCAUCCUUAGUGAUAAUGAUGUUAAUUGGAUUGAUUUGGCUCCCGAAGAUCAAACCGUGGUGGACGACUUGAAACAAUGUGCUACAAUUGCUUCCGAAAAGGGAUCGUGGUUUGAUGGUUCAACCCUUUUACCUUCACAACCAGUACUUGGUCACAAGAAGUUAACUUACGCGAGUUGGGCCCGCCAUUUCUUCAAAGACGUGCCAGACCGACCUUCACAAGACGAUCGUAGUGUAAAUGGCCCAGAGUUCGACACGCCUCUUCAUCUAGCGGGUUUCCUAUCUUAUUGGCUUGACCGUUUUAUUUUUGAGGGUCGUCCUGAGGAUGGUCUCAGUACAAGGGUGUUUCCUCUCGCGGCCGUACUUGCCCGCGGGUGUGCUGUUCCACUAGCACCCAUGUUCCUCGGGACAUUAUAUCAUCGUCUAGAUAUGAUUAAAGGGGACUUGUCUCGUUCUUUAGGAAGAUAUGACAUUAGCUCCUUCAUUUCAUGCCCAUUUUUUAUGAUGUUCUUAUUUGAGAGGUUUCCAAGCUACAGUGCCAGUCCUCCAAAAGAAUUUGUGGCUAAUGAUGCAGAUGGUGCCCCUGCCAACAAAGGGCAAGCCUUAAGGUGGUCUGGGAUUACUGGCCGGAAAUUAGGGGAUUUGAUAGACUAUGAAAGAGAGUUUGUUUUUAGGCCUUAUGCUCUUCACAUAAAUGGCAUUGAAUUCCCCAUGUUUUACUUUGAUAAUGACGAGCAACUUUGUCCGGCUCAACCUAUGAACCAUUCCCAGCUGAUGUUUGCUGCUAUGACAGCCAGCUGUUGUCUUCCAAGCUUUACUGAAGCAGGGAUGUCUUUGGCCAGUUAUAAGCCAGCGCGGGUCCCGCGUCAAUUUGGGUUCGACCAAGGAGUUCCACAUCUACAAGUCAACCGGCAGUCUUUUCAUGACUGUCUCCGGGAGUUGUCGGAUAGGUCUUAUUCACUUACCUUCUUUAUCCCUUCACAUGAUCGCCAAGGUAAGUGUCCGGAAGGCUAUCACAAAUUUUGGAAGAAGAACCUUGAUAUCUUUCUCUCCUUUCCCAAGGAGUUGCCGCAUCCUAUUGAGCCACCAGACAUCUUUGUAGGUGACUCUUCACUCAAGCUUCCAAAGAAGCGGCCAACCUCAUCUCGCGGCAAUGCGAGCCGGUUUGCGAAGGAAUUUGCUCCCAAAUGUUUGGCAAACACAUGUAUAGGAACACAAAAUUCUAUGCCAAGUCGAGCUGCUGAUUGGAUAAGAUUUUAAAAUCAAAAAGAGUUUUACCUUGUCCUGCUCCCAAAAGGCCCAGAAAGAAUGGCACAAGUACAAGAGCUACCAGCAGCAAUUUUGUGGAAGGACCUGUAACAACUAGCAACGAUGUGGCAGAAGACAAUAAAGAGCAAGCUGGUAUUCCUGCAUACACAAAAGAUAUCGCAACAAGUGCAAGAGCUACCAGCAGCAAUUUUGUGGAGAUUGGGGAAGAUCCCAUAAUGACUAGCAACAAUGCGGUAGAAGGCAAUAAAGAGCAAGCUGGUAUUCCUGUGCGUGCGGAGGAUGGCACAACAAGUAUAAGAGUUACAAGCAGGAAUUUUGUGGAGAAUGUGGAAGAUCCCAUUACGACUAGCAACAAUGUAGCAGAAGGCAAUAUAGAGCAAGUUACAACUAGCAACAAUGCGGCAGAAGGCAAUAUAGAGCAAGCUAGUAUUUUUUUUUUCCAGGAAGAUAUUGAGCAAGCUAGAAUUCGUGAUUGUGCAGAGGUGAGUAUGCCCGCGCAGGCUAUUAUGCCGGAGCAGACGCGCGCACCAGAGAGGACGAGUGCACCCGCGCCAUUAAGUACACUCGAGCGAGCAGUCGUGGAUUUGGCUGAUCAAAAUUUGGUUGCCGUAACCCAUGAAGAUACCAUCUUAACUCAACCCACAGAAGGCCAAUCUCUUGGAGCCAAUCCCAAAGAGCCUGGCAAUUUUAAAACUUGUGCUGAAGGUUUUGGUGUUAUUGAGCCCCACAAUCAACCAUCUAAUAUUCAACAUAUUGACGAUUUCAUGUGUUGGACUGAUGCACCUAUAUUUCUGGGUGACACAGAAAUUUCCCAGAGUCCCCGCAGUUUACCAACACUUAGCCCGAGAAUUUCAGAAAUUUUCACGACAACCUCCCAGCUUCUUGGUGGGAUACAAUUUUCCCAGAGUUCCCGCAGUUUACCAACACUUCCCUGGAGAACUUCUGUGACAGAUGAGUCUCAAAGUAUUUUGAAUUCUGAAGAGAUGAUGAGACGUUUAAAUCGCUCUACUGAUGAUGUGUUGAGCCCCGUUCCUGCUGAAAACAUUGAUCCUAGCAUGAGCCUAGGUCGUGGAGGUUUUCCCAAGGCUCCUCUGGCUCCAGCAGAUUCCGGUCAGACUUCUACUGACAGGCUUGUUCGUUGGAAUCAAUUUAUUUGCAGUUCCAACAAAGUCAAUACCUUGGACCGUAUUUAUCAACGUCUUCCAGAAACUUUUGCUGAUUUCGAGGGUCAGGGGCCUGAGUUUCAAUCUGUUCUAGACAUGUUAAAGUUGCAGGGGGAGAAGCUCAACAAUGCUGACAUAAGCAAGGAUGACACAACAAGUACAAGAGCUACCAGCAGCAGCAAUUCUGUGGAGAUUGUGGAAGAUCCCGUAACGACCAGUAACAAUGUGGCAAAAGGCAAUAAAAACCAAGUUGGUAUUCCUGCGCGCACAGAGGAUGGUGAAACAAGUAUAAGAGCUACCGACAUCAAUUUUGUGGACCUUGUGGAAGAUCCCCCAAUGACUAGCAACAAUGCUGCAGAAGGCAAUAUAGAGCAAGCUGGUAUUCCUGCGCAAGCAGAGGAUGGCGCAACUAGUACAAGAGCUACGAGCAACAAUUUUGUGGACCUUGUGGAAGAUCCCUCAAUGAUUAGCAACAAUGCGAUAGAAGGCAAUAAAGAGCAAGUUGGUAUUCCUGCCUGCUCUGAGGAUGGUGCAACAAGUACAAGAGCAACCGGCACACAAGUUUCUAAGAGCAACCGGCACACAAGCAACCGGAGAAUUUCAGAAUUUUCCGUGACGGGCCCCGUACAUACGCUUCUUACCGGGAUAGAAUUUUCCCAGAGUUCCCACAGUUUCUCAGCACUUUCCCGGAGAAUUCUAGAAUUUUCCGUCGCAGAUGAGUCUCAAAGUGUUGUGAAUUCUGAAGAGACGAUGAGACGAUUAUAUCUCUCUACUGAUGAUCUGUUGAGCCCCGUUCCUGCUGAAAACAUUGGUCUUAGCAUGAGCCUAGGUUUUGGAGGUUUUCCCAAGGCUCCUCUGGCUCGAGCAGAAUCCGGUCAGACUUCUACUGACAGGCUUGCUCUUUGGAAUUAUUUUUUCGUGGCAGAUGAGUCUCGAAGUGUUGUGAAUUCUGAAGAGACGAUGAGACGAUUAUAUCGCUCUACUGAUGAUCUGUUGAGCCCCGUUCCUGCUGAAAACAUUGAUCUUAGCAUGAGCCUAGGUUUUGGAGGUUUUCCCAAGGCUCCUCUGGCUCGAGCAGAAUCCGGUCAGACUUCUACUGACAGGCUUGUUCGUUGGAAUGAAUUUUUUUGCAGUUCCAACAAAGUCAAUACCUUGGACCGUAUUUAUCAACGUCAUCUAGAAACUUUUGCCGAUUUCAAGGUUCAGGGGCCUGAGUUUCAAUCUGUUUAUCUAGACAUGUUAGCAGACGUUAUUAAGUUGCUGGAGGAGAAGCUCGUGCGUGAUAUUGACGAUGCUGACAUAAGCAAGGUGAAUCAGCUUUUAAAUAAUGGCAAGUUGGUCGGUCUAAAUCUCUCUUGGCUCGAGUUCCGAGUUCGUGCAAUUGAAUACUUAGCUUCCAACAAGAGAGAAAAUGAAAGUGUUCUUUGUCAGAUCCGUCAAUCCGAGGAGGAAAAGAUAAAAUUGGAACACAAAAUAGAAUCCUUGAAGUCGUCUUCUUUGGACCUUGAGCAGAAGAUAUCUGCUCAACAAGAAGGUUUUGGUAACAGUUUAAACUGGGAUGGCUUUUCACUUGAUGGGUUGAUUUGAUUUGUUCUUAGAUUUUUGAAUAAAAUUAUACAGUACUUAUCUUCUCUCUAGUUUAGAUUUAUUACAGUUACUUUUUUGUAUUUUAGA